UCAAUUUUAACGGCUGAAAGGCAAUUGUGUGUACUAGCCAACCCUGGUGGGAUGGCUGCGUCACUCUCUUCCGCUGCCUCGUCGUUUAUCUCGCGAGGUUCAAUUUUGUUGGGUCCGAUACCUCGAAAAGUGGCCAACACAAGAAGCAAUAAGUCUGCUUUAUCCUGCAAAGCUUCAUGGCAAGAGCUUGCUGGGGUUCUCGUAUUCUCAGCCAUCCCAUUCACGGCGGUGAAAGCCCUCGCCAAUAGCCCCUUGGGUGAGUCGCUUCAGAGGCGAUUGGAGGAGAGAAAAAAGGUUGCUGUUAGGGAAUCUUCCAACUUCCAAGCUUUAGCUGCUAAGGCCCGUAAAGAUAGCUCGUGGUAUGGAGAAGACCGUCCUCGCUGGCUUGGUCCUAUUCCGUAUGACUAUCCUGCUUAUCUCACUGGAGAACUGCCUGGGGAUUAUGGCUUUGAUGUCGCAGGAUUGGGCACGGAUUCUGUGGCUUUCCAGAGAUACUUUAACUUCGAAAUACUUCAUGCUCGUUGGGCUAUGCUUGCUGCCCUUGGUGCUCUGGUUCCUGAAGUACUUGAUUUAUCAGGUGCCUUUCACUUCAUUGAACCUGUUUGGUGGCGAGUUGGAUACUCAAAGCUUAAGGGAGAUACUUUGGAUUACCUUGGCAUCCCGGGACUCCACUUUGCUGGAAGCCAAGGAGUGAUUGUUAUUGCUAUUUGUCAAGUGCUCCUCAUGGUUGGACCAGAGUAUGCAAGAUAUUGUGGAAUUGAGGCAUUGGAGCCAUUAGGAAUUUACUUGCCAGGUGAUAUAAAUUAUCCAGGAGGGGCACUUUUUGAUCCCUUGAACCUCUCAAGUGAUCCGGUAGCUUUCGAGGAACUGAAGGUGAAGGAAAUUAAAAACGGACGGUUAGCGAUGGUUGCCUGGUUAGGUUUUUAUGCCCAAGCAGCUUUGACAGGUAAAGGCCCAGUUCAAAAUCUUGUUGAGCACAUAUCAGAUCCAUUUCACAACAAUCUGUUUUCUGUGCUCAAAGUUCAUGUAAAUUGAUACUGUAUGUUCAAGUGUGCAUACGGAUAACCAGUCUUACUAUACGAAGCUUAUUAUUACGAAGUAUUUUGUAAUGUUAAAUUAAAUAAAUUUGUUUGUAAUUAAUUAAUGUUUUUUGUAAAAACUAUUAUCAUAUUUUUAUGUGUUAUUUAUUUGAACAAUUAUUAAUUAUUUGUAA